UGCAGAAAUUCAACGUUAUUUUUCGUUCCAAACGAAUUCCGAUUCGCUUAAUGUUUGAAGCACUAGAUUUUCUACAGGCUUCUCCUACAAUUCGGAACUAUCUCUUCCCUUUGCACAAUAAACAGGAUAAAAAUCUACAGAUUUCGGAGUUCGCCCGGUCAAAUCCCUUUAACCUUUUUAACACUUCGAUUGCAAAAAAUGUGGAUCAAUUGCAGGCUAUAAAGCAGAUCGUUGCUGGUCCCAACACUUUGGGACCAUACAUUGUAUUCGGACCACCCGGUACCGGCAAAACCACGACAAUUGUUGAGGCGAUUCUACAACUUUGCCUCCUGAACGAUACUCGAAUAAUUGUAACUGCAGGAUCGAAUUCAGCUUGUGAUGCAAUUGCUUUAAGGAUAUGCGAGUGUAUUGAGGCAGAUGCAAGAUUUCGUUAUGAUCGCGAAUCGCCGAAUCGAGUUCUAUUGCGAUUAUUUUCGGAAACAAGGAAACGAGAGGAAGACUUGAACUUGGUCCAUCCAUUGGUGUUGAAAAACUCGAAUCUGGAAUUCGUAAAGACAUCGUCAAGGUCUAAUUCCUAUCGCAUCAUUGUGGCCACCUUGUGUAAAGUUGGAAUUAUGGCUCGGAUUGGAGGAACAGGAAAUGUAACGCAUGUUUUUAUUGAUGAGGCGGCAGCAUCCUCAGAGCCGGAAUCUCUGUUGGCCAUUGUGAGAAUUAAGGAAUCAAACAAGUGCCAUGUGAUUCUGUCUGGUGAUCCCAAGCAAUUGGGUCCGGUUAUCCAGAGCAGACGGGCAUCUUCACUGGGCCUGGGUCAGUCUCUAAUGGAACGCCUGAUGGCCAGCGAAUUGUACAAAGUCCAUGACGGUGGAAAGUAUGAUUGCACAUUGCAGACGCGCCUACGUCGAAACUACAGAUCUCAUCCGGAGAUUGUGAGAUUGUUUAACAAGCUCUAUUAUAAUAACGACCUUAUAGCGCUUGCACCAUCGCAGAGGAUCAACCAGACCGCCAACUGGCCCAUGUUGCGCAAUUCAAAGUUCCCCAUAUUAUUCCAGGCUACAUAUGGAAUAACAAAUCGUCAUCCGCUAUCUUUCAGCAGUUACAAUGAGUUGGAGGCUGAGGUGGUUUGCUGGUACGUCUCGAUUCUGCUCCACAAUGGACUGGGCAAUGGUGUGAAAGUGAAGCAAGCGGACAUUGGAGUCAUCACACCAUAUUUGGCUCAGUGCGCGCUUCUUACCCACAAGUUCCGUGAACGGCAUCAGCUCAAAGUUAAGGUGGGAACUGUCGAAAAAUUCCAGGGACAUGAGAAACCCAUUAUUAUAGCAUCGCUCGUUAGUUCCUUUACGGGCUCGGAUUUUGUCUCUGAUCCCCGUCGACUAAAUGUGCUCAUAUCGCGACCCAUGUCGCUUUUAAUAUUGAUUGGAAAUCCUCACAGCCUCUGUCAGUCCGAGGACAUCAAGUUUAUUAUCGAUCAGUGCCAUUUGCACGGACAUCUAUUUAACGUAUAAUAAUAAAAACACAACAACAAGAACUCGACCCUACAGUUUAAGAAUAGUCUAAGGAUACAUGUAUCAAGUGACGUACAUUAAAAUUAAGAAUUUAUCUCGCUGGUAUAAUCUUUUGCUAUCUUAAGUGAAUGUCUCUUCUACCAAUUUCAACAUAUUUUGAAUAGGGAUUUAUAUAUAAAUUUAUAAAAUACUAUGUGUCAUAUUUCGCUGCACAUUGAAGUUAUAUGUAAGAUAAGAUUAUUAACAACAAUCAAAAGU